GUAUGUGCAUACGCGGUCGAAGAGUUGAACGGAGGAAAUUGGUUGUGUGGCCAAUAAUUUGUGUUUUCAACGUUCAAAAAAUCAGAGUUUUGAGUUCUGCAACGUAAGACGCAGGUUCUGUCAUCUCUGUGGCUUUUUUCAACAUCCAAAAAAUCAGAGUUUUGAGUUUUGGUCGUUGCAGAAACAGAGUUUUGAGUUUUGGUCGUUACAGAAACAGAGUUUUGAGUUUUGGUAGUUGCAGAAACAGAGUUUUGAGUGGUCAAUAUUCGUUGGUAUGCAUAUUCGAAGGUCAUUGGCUCAGGGAAACAAAGGUCAACAGAUUUUGGUAUCUCCAAAAACUCUCUGGUCUUUCCUCCAUUAUUCCCUUCCUCUGAUGAUCGGAUCCCUAUCCUUUUAAGCCCACCUCUGUCUCUCACGAAUUCGUAGACAUACACAGAAACAGAGAGAACCCCAAAAACAGAGAAGGAAAAAAGAAAGAUGACAACCCAAAUCCAAACCCUACUACUCUCCAUCCUCCUCCUUCCCACUAUUUCCUCAUCAAUGAGCAUAAUAUCGCCAGGAUCAACCCUUUACGCCUCCAACACAAACCAAACCUGGUCCUCCCCAAACAACACAUUUUCACUCGGCUUCAUCCCACUCAACCCCCCCACCUCUCCGCCGACCUUCCUAGCUGCCAUUGUCUUCUCUGGAGGUAUACCCAUCUGGUCCGCGGGCACCAUCCCCGUCGACUCUGCUGCCUACCUCCAACUCCAUCCCACUGAAGGCAACCUCCGCCUCGUCAACGGCUCUGGCCAUACCGUCUGGAACUCCUCCACCACCAACCUUGGUGUCUCCUCCGCCUCCCUCGAUGACUACGGUAACCUUGCCGUCAUGAGAAAUGGGACCUUCCCGGUCUGGUCUUCUUUCGAACACCCCAUCGACACGGUCGUGCCGUGGCAGCAAUUUUCAACUAGUCACGUUUUACGAAAUGGGUUGUACUCGUUUCGUCUUCUUAGUGAUGGUACUGUUAAUCUCCAGUGGGAUGACAGUACUGCGUAUUGGAGUCGAGGUACUUCGAGUUCUUCGAACAACAGAACUUUAACUUCGCCGACUUUAGAAUUACAGUCUACUGGUAUUUUGUCGGUUUUAGAUCCCACAUUGACUAGCCGCGGGGCUAUCAUCGCUUAUAGUAACGAUUAUAAUCAAGGAAGUGAUAUUUUAAGGUUUUUGAGGUUAGAUGGCGAUGGGAAUUUGAGAAUGUAUGGCUCUGCUAGGGGGAGUGGGGUUCAAACUGUGAUAUGGGUAGCUGUUGAGGAUCAAUGCAGAGUCUUUGGGUACUGUGGGAACAUGGGAAUCUGUAGUUAUAGCGGUAAGAAUCCCAUUUGUAGGUGCCCCUCUCAGAAUUUCGAGCUGGUUGAUCCAAAAGAUAGCAGAAAAGGGUGUAAGAGAAAGGUGGAGACACAGGAUUGUCCGGGGAAUCUGACAAUGUUGACUAUGGAACAUACUCUGUUCUUAACGUUUCCUCCUCAGAGUAUAUUUGCGGUCGAGGGUUCUGAGGUCUUUUUUGUGGCUAUAUCCUCGUGUAGGAUGAGCUGUCUUAUCAGUCCUACUUGUGAUGCUUCGACUAUAUUGUCGGACGGGAUGGGCAUGUGUUACUACAAGAAGCCGGGUUUUAUCUCCGGGUACAGUAAUCCGGCACUCCCUAGCACUUCAUAUUUCAAGGUCUGCUCACCGGCGGUUCCAAACGCAUCGCCUUCUAUGCGGAGCGACGGUUGGCGGAUGCAUUCUUGGGCAGUAGCUUUGGUGGUUAUCGGGACCGUCUUGGGUUUGAUUGCCUUGGAGGUUAGUUUAUGGUGGUGGUGUUGUAGAAGCAGCCCCAAAUUCGGAGGAUUGUCAGCCAAAUAUGCUCUUCUUGAAUAUGCUUCUUGUGCUCCAGUCCAGUUCUCGUAUAAGGAGCUCCGGCACCUAACCAAAGGGUUCGAGGAGAAGCUUGGAACCGGAGGAAUUGGAGCUGUGUACAGAGGGAUUCUCGCUGACAAAACAGUCGUUGCAGUGAAGCGACUCAACGGAAUCGAGGAGGGAGAGAGGCAGUUCAGAAUGGCUGUUUCGACUAUAAGUUGCACCCACCAUUUGAAUUUGGUGAGAUUGAUUGGUUUUUGCUGUGAAAGGAGCCACAGGCUUUUAGUAUAUGAGUUCAUGCAAAACAGGUCCCUUGAUAAUUGUCUCUUCCAAACAGAUCAUCCGGGAAGAUUGUUGAAUUGGGAGAGCCGGUUUAAGAUUGCUCUUGGCACUGCGAGGGGCAUCACUUACCUUCACGAUGAGUGCCCUGACUGCAUUGUCCAUUGUGACAUAAAACCAGAAAACAUUCUCUUGGAUGAGAAUUUUUCUGCUAAAGUAUCGGAUUUUGGCCUUGCAAAGCUGAAAACUUUAAAGGAUCGUACUGAUUAUUUGGCGCCAGAAUGGCUGCAGGAAAAUCUUCCAAUGACUUCGAAAUCCGAUGUUUACAGUUAUGGUAUGGUUUUGUUGGAGAUAGUGAGUGGGAAAAGACACAUGGAAGUAUCUGCAGAAACGAACUGGAAAAUGUUGUCCGGGUGGGCGUAUGAAGAAUUUGAGAAGGGUAAUGUGAUGGGAAUUGUCGACAGAAGGCUGGCUCAGACUCAGGCUCAGCAAGGGGUGGAUGUGGAGCAAGUAAUGAGAGCAAUUCAAGUAAGCUUUUGGUGCAUCCAGGAGCCACCGUCGCAGAGGCCAAGGAUGGGAGAAGUGGUACGCAUGCUGGAAGGCAUCACAGAGAUUCAUAGGCCGCCUCACCCAAAGGGAAGGCCCUCAACGCUCUGCUAGUGUAACCAUCGUAACUGUGAGCAUUGAAGAGUUUGUCUGUGUGUGAAUAUGCUUCUUCCCAUGGUUACUGUAUUUAUAGAAAAUGUACAGUUGGAUUUACAGUGUAUUCUAAACUCAGAAUACAAACUACAAUGUCUUAUCUUCGGCUAACGUGUUGUUAUCUUUAU